AUGGAUCACUCACCAAGAAGAUCCAGCCGGCUCAACAAAGGUAAACAGCCAGCACGAGAACCACGGCUGGUGUCGGAAGACUCCUUCGCUCCAGCCCAACCACACUCCGUCGACCCAAAUGCGGCAUACAACGAAGACCUACCGGAUCAACCACAUCAGCGUCAGCACACCUAUCAUGGCACACAUGUCGACCAACAGAUCCCCGAGCAGCGAUCGCGUCGACCUCAGUCUCUGUACCAUCCUUCUCCAGAGGCGGGUGUAGUAUCACCUCAUAGCCCACGUCAGUAUGGCGCAGGCGAGGCGGAGGACAUUUACGAGAAGUCCUGGGACCAAGUUGAUGCUGAUCUCACUCAGUUUGGUGGUACAAGACAACUACCGCGUGCACCAACUGAAGCUCAGAAUGGAUCAGCUUAUCAAUCGCUGCAGGAAAUCGGGUUGGAGGUGCAACAAAUGUUGCGGGAUACUUACCAGUCUUCGCAUCAUGCUCAGACUUCACUCACACACUCGUCAUCGUCAUCUUCUCGACUCCUCGAAAACGGUGCUUUUCCAACUGCGCCGGAUCUUAUUCCUUGA